UGAAAGGAGAAAAGAGGGAGAGGAGAAUAGACGAUCGAUCGGAUGAGUGACUGUGUGAGAGUCACCUCACUACAAAACGUCUGGCGGCAAGCAGCAACUUUCCACAGUUCUCCCAUUUUAUAUUUAUUCGCUUUGUCUUAACCGCGUGCUACAAACAAAUAUCUUUUUUGCACAAUGAGCGGCGGUGUCUACGGUGGAGAUGAAGUUGGUGCGCUGGUAUUUGACAUUGGUUCUUAUUCAUUUCGUGCUGGAUAUGCUGGAGAAGACAGUCCAAAAGCUGAACUCCCAAGUGUUGUUGGGAUUGUGGAUGAAGAGGUUCCAUUUACAGAAAAUGAAGCUGAGAGCUUGCCAAAGAAUGAAAGAAAGUACUAUAUUGAUACUAACUAUUUGAAGGUGCCAAGAAAAGGAAUGGAAAUAUCUACAUUCCUGAAAGAUGGCAUGAUUGAAAACUGGGAGACCUAUGAGAAGAUGGUCGAUUAUGUGUAUUCUCGUCACAUCAAAUCUGAACCUCAUCUUCAUCCUGUCAUGAUGUCAGAGCCUGCUUGGAACACAAAAGCUAAACGAGAAACAUUAACUGAAGUCAUGUUUGAGAAAUAUAAUGUUCCAGCAUUCUUCCUCUGUAAAAAUGCUGUUCUGUCCGCUUUUGCAAAUGGCCGUUCAACAGGAUUAAUUUUGGACAGUGGUGCCACACAUACUACAGCUGUGCCUGUCUAUGAUGGUUAUGUUUUAACACAAGCAAUUGUAAAAUCCCCGCUGGCAGGUGACUUCAUUAUCAUGGAAAGCAAGAAAAUGUGUGAAGAACUUGAUAUUGAGAUUGUCCCGCCAUACCUUAUACGUGCAAAGGAACCUGUACAAGAGAAUGAAUCACCUAAAUAUGUAAAAAGGGAAGUUCCUGAAGUUACUAAAUCAUUCCAUAACUAUAUGGUCAAGGAUGUCCUUCAAGACUUUGUUGCUACUGUUUUGCAAGUGUCUGAUAGUCCUUAUGAAGAUAGCCAAACUGAUACAAUGCCAUCACUUCACUAUGAAUUUCCAACAGGCUACAACCAAGAGUUUGGUUGUAGACGGUUUAAAGUAAGCGAAGGCCUGUUUGAUCCAAGCAUUAUCAAGGAUGUUCCGGGAAACACAAUGCUAAGCGUAGGCCAUGUUGUAACAACAAGUGUUGGAAUGUGUGAUAUUGAUAUACGACCGAGUCUAUACAGCAGUGUAAUUGCAGUUGGAGGGAAUACGCUUUUACAAGGAUUCACUGAUAGACUUAAUAGAGACCUUAGUACAAAGACUCCACCUAGCAUGAGAUUAAAAAUAAUAGCUGCAACAGGAACUGUUGAAAGACGGUUUAGCAGUUGGAUUGGUGGAUCAAUUCUUGCCUCUCUGGGUUCCUUUCAACAGAUGUGGAUUUCCAAGCAGGAGUACGAAGAAGGAGGGAAGGGCUGUGUGGAACGCAAGUGUCCAUGAGCCAUACCAGACUCUUGCCUUUAAGUCUUCUGCUCAUAUCUGUAGCAGUGGCAGGAAUAUUGAUGACACCUCAAGGAUCGGUUACUUUGCCUCUAUUAAGAAAUGUCAUUAAAAUAACCAUCAUUCAAAUCACUAUACCACCUUUCAUUCAUCGACUAGAUAUAUAUACAUGUGAUGUAAUAAAUCUAUAUCUCAUUAA